GGCCGACCCAAAGUGGGGAAGCGGCAGCGCAAGGGGGAACACUCAGUAGCUACUUGCUCAACAUACCGAAAUCAUCGAAAGCUUUAUCACUUGUGAUAUUUUCUAUAGUUCCAACUGUUGUCGCGGCGCGAAUUUCCGAAAUUUCCGAGUGAGAUGCGACGGCGAGUGCCGAAAGUUCGGUUUUGGCGGACUGAGUGACAACGUACACUGGUACACCGAGAAACUAACGCUCGACCAUGUACAAGCUGCUUGGAGGACUAGCGAAUUACCUGAAGUACCAUGACAUCGUUACUGAUUGUGCGGUUUUCCGAAUGCACAACACAUUUACCUGUGCCUUGUUGAUGGCCUGCAGUUUGAUAGUAUCAGCGAACCAAUUUGUUGGGAAUCCUAUUCAGUGUAUCGUGGACGGAUUGCCGAAUCAUGUGGUCAACACUUACUGUUGGAUCUCGUCGACGUUUACUAUGCCUGAUGCCUUCAGGAGGCAGGUUGGCAGAGAAGUAGCUCAUCCCGGUAUAGCGAACGACUUCAGCGAAGGUGAUGGGGCACAAAAAUACUACACCUACUAUCAGUGGGUGUGCUUCGUGCUCUUCUUUCAGGCACUUGCUUGCCAUGCACCGAAGGUCCUAUGGGACCUGUUCGAGAAUAACCUGAUGAGGACGUUAGUGAUGGGACUCAACAUUGGAGUGUGCCAUGAAAAUGAGAAGAAUAAGAAGAAAGAAAUUAUUCUAGGAUAUCUGAUGCGUCAUGUUAAGCAACACAACCUGUACGCCAUCAGAUACUGGGCCUGCGAGUGCCUGUGCCUGAUCAACAUCCUGACGCAGCUCUACGUCAUGAACAGGUUCUUCGACGGAGAAUUCAUCUCUUACGGUUGGAGGGUGAUGAACUUCUCCGAGCAAGCGCAAGAGGACAGAGUCGACCCAAUGGUUUACGUCUUCCCUAGAGUCACGAAGUGCAUCUUCCACAAGUAUGGUGCUUCCGGAAGUAUACAGAAACACGACAGUUUGUGCGUGCUACCGCUCAAUAUUGUAAACGAGAAGACUUACAUCUUCAUUUGGUUCUGGUUUAUGAUCCUCGCCACCAUGCUAACAGUCCUAGUGAUAUACAGGGUAAUAAUAAUCACGUGUCCAAAAGUCAGGCCGAGAAUACUCCAUGCCAAACACAGAAGCAUUCCAAUAGAAGUCUGCAGAGCUUUAUGUCGGAAAGUAGAGAUGGGUGACUGGUGGAUCCUAUUGAUGCUCGGCACUAAUAUGGACCCGAUCAUCUACAGGGAAAUCAUCUCGGAGUUAGCCAAGAAGAUCGAUACAAGUAAUAAUCACUAGCUGUGUAAUCAAGGAUGUGCGGUACAUUCAGCUAGAAUUUACGAUCCUCUUACCUCACGAAGUUAGGCGUCUGGGAAAAUCAGAUGUUGUUUAAACACUUGCAAUUUCUCCAAAACUGGAAUCAUUUCUUGCCCCUUCAGAAGGUAAAAAUGCAAAACAAGGGCGAUUCAACACUCGUUCCAUUGUAGGAUGCACAGCUAUUCGUUGUGACGGAUUUUGCAAAAGUCAGUUUGAAGCCAAUAAUUAAUUAUUUUAACAUGUCUAUAUUCAUAUAUAAGACAAGCAAUAAUAAUUUUUCAAAGUUCUUACGACUCUUGGCAAUAUCCAAACUUUAUGACGCCUAUACAAGUUUAGGGAAUUGAAAAUAGGUACUUGAGUGAAUAUAGCUACAGUAGCAGGUUGUAUAAUUUUAUAUUUCGAAAGGAUGACUAGCGGUGAUAUCCUAUAUAAGUUCAAAUUUUGUGUUUCAAAAAUAUCUACGUAGAAUUUGAAUGAACCUUUAAUCCCGAAAAUAUUUCACAGCCUCAUGUCGCAAUACUACUUUUGCAAGAGACAGGUAUUAUAUGUAAUACGAGAGAUUUUCGGUAUAGUGUACCGCACAUUCCUGUAAGUGCAAGUAACAAUCUCGAAUGAACAAGAUACUUGCCAUAACAGCUCAAAUUAUUAUAAAAAUGAUAUGUUCCCUUUGAAAUGUCCACACCUACAUCUUGGUGUAACAGGUAGAAUUUUUCCUAUGGUUCACUGUUUGAACCAUGGCGCUUUUUCUUAAACUGCAUAUUUUCGCGAAAAAAAAAAACGUUACAAAAAGAGGAUUUUGAAUUUGGGAAACAAACUCUAAUCGAUGGUUAGACGUCUGUCUCCAUGGCAUUCCUUACAGUACUCAAGUUUCAUAAAUAAAAGUGAAACCAUUAAGAGUUGUGGCAUCUAGGUGGCACGUCCCUUUUUUAGAUCUUUGUUCUAAAUCCUUUCAUCUGAUAAUGUCAUGGUGAGUAUGGAGAUGACUAAAAAAACAAUGUUUUCAUUUUUUGUGCAUCUUAUUGUGCAUUUUUCUUCAAUC